AGGCAGGGGGAUGACAAAGGUGGCAUGGGAGCGGCCAGGCUCGGAGGGCAGGCUGAGACUCCCUUUGCCUAUUCCUCCGUCCCUAGCCAGUUACCUCGGUACCCCAUCUCCCCUAUUCUUCAACUUGCCCCACCCAGUCUUCUCAUUCCUGGUCCCUCCAAAGCAGAGUUGUUCUUCCUCCCGAGGUCGCCAGGUCUAGGUAGACCCCCUCCCACUGGCCCUGAGGCUCCCCUACCGUCCCUCCCACGCACCUCUAGCUCUCCUCCUCCUCAACCCUCAGGUCCCACGGCCCAAUCAAGGCCUCCCAGCCCUUGGCUCUGCUCCUCCCCUGCUCGGUCCUUAAAACCCCGCCUGCAGCCAAGACCCGCAGAGGCCCCAGGUGGCACCUUGGCUGGUGCUACUCAGAAGGAACCAGCGAACUGGGUGAGCUUGGCCUGACCAGACUGCAGGAGUCUGAGGGGCGAUAGGCCACCAAGGGGACAUAAACCCCUCAACUAAGUGGGACAGAGACUGGCUUUUGUUCCGUGAGGAUCUGACACCUGCAAGAGGCCUGCAGAUGUGAGGACUGUCCUGACCUAGAGGCUUCGACUCAUUCUCCCCUCUCCCUGGGCACUGAGACCCACCCACCUGACUCGUCUGGUCCUCUCUGUGAGUCAACCAGACUGCUUGGGGCUGGGGAGACCUGACUGAGGGGCAGAUGGCUUCAACUGGUCUUGAACUCCUGGGCAUGACCCUGGCUGUGCUGGGAUGGUUGGGGACCCUGGUUUCCUGUGCCCUGCCCCUGUGGAAGGUGACCGCUUUCAUCGGCAACAGCAUUGUGGUGGCCCAGGUGGUGUGGGAGGGGCUGUGGAUGUCCUGCGUGGUGCAGAGCACUGGCCAGAUGCAGUGCAAGGUGUAUGACUCGCUGCUGGCACUGCCCCAGGACCUGCAGGCUGCGCGUGCCCUCUGUGUCGUAGCCCUCCUGCUGGCCCUGCUUGGCCUGCUGGUGGCCAUCACUGGCGCCCAGUGUACUACGUGUGUGGAGGACGAAGGCGCCAAGGCCCGCAUUGUGCUCACUGCUGGAGUCCUCCUGCUCCUCGCAGGCAUCCUGGUGCUCAUCCCGGUCUGCUGGACAGCCCACGCCAUCAUCCAGGAUUUCUACAACCCCCUGGUGGCUGAGGCCCUCAAGCGGGAGCUGGGGGCUUCUCUCUACCUGGGCUGGGCUGCAGCUGCACUGCUCAUGCUGGGUGGCGGGCUCCUCUGCUGCACAUGCCCCCCACCCCAGUUUGAGCGGCCCCGUGGACCUAGGCUGGGCUACUCCAUCCCUUCCCGCUCAGGCAUGUCGGGGCUGGACAAGAGGGACUACGUGUGAGGAAAAGGCUUCCUUCAGGCAUCUGCACCUUCAGACUCUGAUUGCACCCUUGCUUCUAAUCACCCCUUCCCUUGUGGGAGCCUAUUUCUGCACAGCUGGAGCCAGACCUGGCGCUACAGAUGUUCUCUGCUGAUCUGGCUGAAAUGACCCUUACUGGGGUCGAAAUGGGGCCAAAGCUGUUGGUGCGCCAGACCACCUUGUCUCCCUUGUUUUCUUCUGUUGUCCAGGACAUAGACUGACCUUUCUUCCUCUGAACCCCUCCCCUGCCCCAGGAACAAAGGACAGCAUCUCCUUGUCUCCAAGAAAUUGUGCUCUCCCUGCUUGGUCCAUUUUGGCCCAAACUUCACCUGCAUAAAUAGGCCCUUUGGGACCAGCCAGCCUGUCAGUUCCCCAACUCUGCCCUCAAGUCUGGAAUCUGGAAUAAAAAGAGAUCUUGUAA